AAGUCCGACCCGCAGCCAGUCUGCCUCGCACACCCGCAGCGUACGGUUGUGUCCCGCGAUCGCCAGUUAGUGACAGUGUUGUGCUUUGAACAGUUGCUGAACAGUUAGUUAGCCGCCAGGUCGUCGACCGCGCGAGCAUGAACGCUCGCUCGCCUGCCCUCGCACAGCUUUGACCGAAACCCACCAGGCCAUGCGUGGGUGGUGCGCGCGAUGGAGCGGUUCGGGGCGCGCGCGGCUUCGCUGGCUGGCGGCGCUGGUCUGCUGGGGCGCCCUCGUCGCUCUGGCCCUGCCUCGCCUGCAGCCCACCACCCCGCGCACGCGCCCCGCACCCCCGGCCCGCCUGCUCCUCCAAUCAGAAGCCGCCUCCACCCCUGCUCCCUUCCCCUCAACCCAAACUCCACCAAAACCCGCCACAGACACACGCGUCCUCACCGAAGACGAGCUUCGAGCAGAUGCUGAACGUAGACUUCCUUCCCUGCCCCUCGCAUACUGGCACAAACAUAAGAACGACAAGAACAAGUUCUACAAGAAGAAAGACUGCGCUCCUUUCCCAUCCAUAUACGACAUCGAAUUCCACAACACAUAUUGGCAAACUCUACGAGCAAAAACUGAUGUUUUCCACUUCUAUGGAGCAUACCUAGACGCUCGAAAUACGUCUCGAAUCGGGCCAGCAGUACGGAUACUAGCUGUACAUGAUCGUAUCAAGCCAACUAUCACAACCCACUGUCAAUUAUGGUUCGAAGAACGCGAGGCACCAGUUGUAGUAAGAAAUCUCGAAUACAAAUACGUGUGGAACAGCAAAUGGGGUAACUACAGGGAUGGAGUGCUCCAGCCUUACCUAAUGGCAUGCGUUCUACCCGCUGAAGUGCGUCAUUUAGUUCCCGCGUCAGUAUCCAUCGUUUCCGACCCUUGCGAUCGAGCUACGAAUAAUUUAAGAGUACAUUACGAUCGACCCAAACCACCAGCAGUUCAAAAAGAAUUUGCCGUUUGCGUAAAAGGCUUGGAUUUCCUCCACGAGGAUCUAUCAGUCAGACUUGUUGAGUGGAUCGAAUUAAUUCGCCUCCUGGGCGCUGACAAAAUCUUCUUCUACGAACUCCAAAUACACCCGAACAUUACAAAAGUCCUGAACUACUACAACGAACUUGGAGUAACUGAAUUAACUCCUAUAACUUUACCAGGAGGACAACCGAAUUUGCCAGGUCUCCAACACAUGUAUUUGAAGAAGAAAACGACACACAAACGACAGAUGGAACUGAUUCCUUACAACGAUUGCUUAUACCGACAUAUGUACCAGUACAAGUGGUUGGCACUUCUUGAUAUAGACGAAGUCAUCGUCCCAUUGGAAGACAACGAUUGGAGUUCUUUAAUGAAGCGAAUACUACCACUUUCUACACCAGCCUCCGGGAAGCCUCCACGCUCAUCCUACCACGCUUCAAAUCUGUAUUAUCUGGAUUCGUUACAGCAUGAGCACGCUUGGGAAGAAGGCAUCCCCCGUUAUCUUCACAUGUUACAGCAUGUUUAUAGGACGAGGAAUUUUACGAAGCCAGGACAGUAUGUGAAAGCUUUCCACGAAACGGAGAGAGUGUUGGCUCUUCAUAAUCACUUCCCGCUGGCUUGUCUCGGAGGAGCGUGUUCGUCUUACGCGAUAGAGACGAAGCAUGCUCGCUUGCAGCAUUAUCGUGCGGAUUGCGUGACAGCGCUGAGCAAAACCUGUGCGGAGCUUCGUCAGCAACCCGUCCGCGACACAGCGCUGUGGCGUUGGCGAGCGCCUCUCAUACAAGCAGCGGACACAGCGCUUACAGCGCUAGGUUUUCUUCCCCCGCAACCGCAUCGGUGACCAAAAUCGCUCGCGUCCGUUGCUUAUACGCUUAGUUCUUUAAACCUAUUAAAAGCUAGUAUUAAACGUAUUUUUAUAGUUCCCUCGGGUCUUCAUUUUAAAGGCGUAGUGUAUUUAAGUCGUGGACUCGAAAUAUGGAUAGCAUUUUUUAUAUAUCUCAACACAAAAUCAGUUUACGUAUGUAUAGCUUGAUCGCAUAUUAUAGCAAAUAAGUUACAUUACUGAUAAAGUCAUUUGAGUUUUCAGUACUGAAAAAUGCGUUGCUGAAAUUUGGGUUCAACAUUAUAUCUAUAGAAUAUUUUGAAGGGGCGAAUUAUUAAACCAAUACUUUCUAUAUUCUGGAAAAAAAAUCUACUACAAAAGAUAUUUUUCUACUUUAAAAAUCUGAUUCGGACUUAAAGGCUAUAAUUAUUGAAAGUUUUUGAAUUUUGUAAAAUAUAAUCAUUAAGGUAUUGGUUUUCGAUUCAAACUCAUAAAAAUAUAAAUACUUAUGUAAACCAUCUUGCUCAAAAUAAUAAAAAUGUUAACGGUUUCUUUUACUUGAUUUUAUAUUUUAAGUUUCAACUCAGUAGGGUUUACAGUUUCUAGUAUAAUAUCUAGUAAAUUAUAAUGAAUACUGUUUAUAUUUAAGUAAUUGUCAAGUACUCUCAAUUAUUUAUUUUUAAAUUGAUCGUCACUUGCAAUGUCACUUGAUGGUAAGUGAUGACGCAGUCUAGAUGGAAUGGGCGAACCUGGAAGAGGUAUGGUAUUUAUAAUAUCCACCAUACCUCUUCUUGGUUUCUUCACGUACCGGUACGCUAAAUCGUUUGCUGGUAUAUCCUAAUUCCUAGUUAUAUUAGGUAAAGUCUUUGUAUAGACGAAUAAUUGUAAUUAAACUAAAGUAUAUCGAUGGAUCGAAAAAUUAUGAUAGAAAAGACUAUUUGCAUUUCAUAUACAUACUUUUUAUGUAAAUAACAAGUGUUGUUUGAACCAAUAAAAUUGUAAAUAUAAGUGA